AUCUUAUAUUUCGAUUUCAUAUCAGACGGCUAAAAUAUGGCGCACAAGAAGGCUGACGUUGACGGGAACUCAUCCAAGAUUUUAGAUGAAAAACCAAUUAAAGUAGACAAAUGGGAUGGUUCUGCUGUAAAAAAUGCUCUUGAUGAUGCAGUCAAAAAGGUAUUUACUGAACAAUUUAAGUAUGUAGAAAGCCAUCGCCUAAUGGAUGGUCGUCUAGCCAUAUCGGGUAUUGCAGUUGGUGCUGCAAUGUUUGCCCUUAUGUGGGACUACCUUCAUCCUUUUCCAGAAUCCAGACCAGUAUUAAUCAUCUGUGUUGUUUCAUAUCCUUUAUUGAACUAUAUAUGAAUAUAUUUUAUUACUUCUCA